UUCAAACGAACAACACUGACAUCUCAAAUUUUAACUAAAUUACUACUUACUCUGCCAAAAAUGACCGAGGCCUCCGUGUGUUUUUCGAAACACAAAAUCGUGCCGGAUAUCUUGAAAACGUGCCCCACAAAUUUGCUUAAGGUGACUUAUGGCGGCGGUGAGGUGGUGGACAUGGGCGGAGAACUGACGCCCACACAGGUGAAGGAUCAGCCCAGGGUUGAAUGGGAUGCGGAUUCGAACGCCCUUUACACGCUGAUCCUUACCGAUCCGGAUGCGCCCAGUCGCAAGGAUCCGAAGUUCCGCGAGUGGCAUCACUGGCUGGUGGUCAACAUUCCAGGCAACCAAAUUGAGAACGGCGUGGUUUUGACCGCCUAUGUGGGCUCAGGACCACCGCAGGGCUCCGGCCUCCAUCGCUACGUCUUCUUGGUCUACAAGCAGUCCCAGAAGCUCACCUGCACCGAGCCUAAAAUCCCGAAGACGAGCGGCGACAAGCGAGCCAAUUUCAGCACCGCCAAGUUCAUGACCAAGUACAAGUUGGGCGAUCCCAUUGCCGGCAACUUUUUCCAGGCUCAGUGGGAUGAAUACGUGCCCAAGCUGUACAAACAACUCUCCGGCAAGAAGUAACUAGUACCAUUUGUUCCAAAAAUAAGUCUUUAGUUUUAAAAAGUAUUGAAUUUAGAAAUUUUUUAAUAGGGUUAUUGUUACUUGACUCCAAAUCCAACCAAAUUAGCCUGUAAAAAUAAACUAAUAAUUGACAUAACUAUGGUAAUUUCUCGAGAAGUAUACCUAAACGAUUUUAUCAACAUAUUAAUAUGUUAGGUUUUCUAUAAAUCCCUCUAAGUGUAUAUAUAAAUUGAAUUAUUGUAAAACUCAUUUCAUCGUUAAUCACGUGCCUUUCUAUCAUUAAAAAAAUUAUUUAAUUUCGCAUAAAGUAAA